AAAAACCCUGUAAACCGGCUGCAUCUUUGGCCUUUAAUUCAUUUCAGUGCAAAUUUCAAAACUUCCUGCAAAGACUUCAUGUAAAGUUAUUCUUUUUAGCCAUUGCUGUGAAUUGAUCUAUUUGGACCAAAGUUAUUGCCUCCAAAAAUGAACAGGCAUUUUCAUGUAGUUCUGUGCCUUCUCGUGCUGUCUCUUGAUUGUUUCGGCGCGGGCAUUUUUAAAACUUCUGAAAAUAGCACUUUCUGUAUUUGGACUCGAUCCAUUUCAGAUGGGCGAACACAUUAUACAUUUCUUAGAAGGACUCAAAAAGGCAGAAAGACAUCUCUUCUCUUGUAUGACAGCAUCUGGAACAAAUACAACAGCCUUGUUACUUGCUUAACAAGUAAUGCUCACUCAGUUAUUGAAAGUUACCUGUCCAAGUGUCUGGAUUCGGGAGGCAGCUCUUUCUCCGAGACCCCUGAUGUGCGCUUUAACAUCAGUGAGCUGGUUGAACCCGGUGGCCCCUGUGAGGCUGCAGAUAUUACGGAGGGAUUAACAGCAUCUGUACGGAGGGCCAGAGACCUGCAGGGUGUUGACCUAGAAGGAUCUGUGCACCAGGACAGCGGAGACAAUUCCAGAUUGAAGCUACAGCGCUCAAAGCGUGCAUGGAUGAUUCCAGGGACCAUGUGGUGUGGCUCCGGAAAUCGGGCCACUGACUUUUCUGAGCUGGGUGUGUUUCAAGAAACUGAUAACUGCUGCCGAGAUCAUGACCACUGUAAAGACACCAUCGCCUCUUUUUCGUACAACCACGGCAUCUUCAACACAAACAUCUUCACUUUAUCACACUGCGACUGUGAUAACAGGUUCCGGCGCUGUCUCCUGGGUGUUAACACUACCGUGUCCAACCUUGUGGGCUACGGCUACUUUAAUCUACUGAAGAUGCGCUGCUUUGAGUUCUCUCAAAGGAUGCAGUGUGCAAGGAGAACGUGGUGGGGCAUGUGUGCAUUUUCUGAACUCGCUCCUUAUGCUGUAGUCAAGGGUCCCUCAAACUACACUGACACCCUCUCUAAAACAAACGAGGAUACUCUGAGAAUAAGCUUUCAAAACACAAUCACUCUCGGAGAAAACCAGGCCACCACAAACUCGGAAGCAUCACUUACCAUACAAGCCAAGGAUUUCAGGGAUGCCAGUAAAGAGCUGAGUAUAGUUCCUACAUCACCAUGGCCAUCUGUUACAACACGAUUGUUCCGGAAGACUGAACCUCCAGUGGCACCAACAGACCCACCAAAGCCAACACUUCCUGAGCCUAAACGAAAAGGCACGUUUGAGAUGUGUGACAGCUACAGAGACCUGGAUUCAUGCCAUCUACAGAUCCCUGGUCAACAGGUGAAAUUCGGUCUACUGAACCCUGACCUCAGAACCCUCUAUCACUGUAAUUGUACUGCCAGGCUUGCCCGAAAGAUCUCAGAAUUGGAUGAGGAUGACUCCGUGCAUUCACUAUUAAUGGACUUCGUAUCACAAUCCUGCUUCACUCUACCACAAUCUGAGAACUGUACAGAGGGCAACGGUUGCUCAACCCCUUCAAAAGGGGCCCCACUCAUCCAGCACUGGAGGAAAGACAUGAUGGAAGAGGGACAUCUAGUGGACCACAGGCGCAAACUCAAGAGGAUGAACUCCAAACGCUCCAAGAGGAAAGACUUUUCAGUCAGAUUAUUCAGGAAAUGCAUCAGGAUGCAUGCUAAACUCCAGAGAACACGAGUUCCUGAACAAAAACGUUCAUAAAACACCUUCAAACUUCAAAAAAGAAGCAAACAACUUGCGAUUAACAACACUGAUGGUCUUAUGCAAGAGUUUAUGUGUACUGCACAUUGUGACUAGGGCAAAAAAUACAUCUUUUUUAAUGCAAGAACCAAAUACAUGUGCUAAUUGGCAUGUUUACAUUCAGAAAGACUGGAAUAGUGAUAUUGAAUUUAACACAGGAGAUUAUAUAUUUAAUCGCUUAUGAGUCUAGAACAUUCACCAGCCAGAUAUUUAUGAAAGUAAUACUUAUUAAGCAUGUUAUACUUAUUUAUAAAUCAUACAUGUUAAAAAGUUCAUUCGACAACUACUGUUACAUUUUCCCGAUAAAUGAUACCAGGGACAGCUUUAUCAUCUUUCAACCAUAUCAACUGAUACCACCCACUGUGGCGUAGCCAAGCGUGGGCUGGGGUGGGCCUGGGCCACACCCACAUUAUACCCAGGCCCACCCAGAACAUUAGAGCUCAUUCAUUGACAUAUUCAAGUGCAUAAAUUCUGAUUUCUGAAAGUGUGAAGCAAGUAAGUCAAUGUGUCGCUUCUCUGUUAUUCUGAAAAAUUUGGCAAAACAAAAUUGGGGGCUAAAACUUGGCCCAUUCAUUUUUAUUGAGACCCACCCAAAAGCAAUUUCCUGGCUACGCCCUUGACCACCCACCAUGAAAUAAACUGUUUUAAGUUUAAAUGCAAAGGCAUCAAAUCUUUAGACAUCAGAAGGAAAAUAUUGGAAAUUCAAACAAUCACUUUCAUCCUUUAAAAUGUGCAUAUAUCUUCGAAAACUCUAGUGAGUCCUGCUUUUUCUCAGGUAGAGCUGGAACCUGAUUGCACCUCAUUGCGUAAAAUGCUGCGUCAGAAUGACACUAUGCAUAAUACUCUUACUGCAUUUGCAAUAUGUGUGUGUGGCAGAAAUAGUAUGAGUAGUAUGGUAGUACCAUAAGUCAUUAUACAAAGUGCU